GUUAGCCUCUAUAGGGUUCCAAUCAGACCCCCUGAAUUAUUUAGCCGCUUUCCCUCAGCGCCGCCUGCAAAACCCUAGCCCCGCAUCUGCAGACGCCCAUCACCGCCCCUCGCCGCCGCCCCCUCCUCCUCCAGCGAGAGCAGUGCCCACCGACGCCAUGGCGCUGAUCGCGGGGGAGGAGUUCCAGCACAUCCUGCGUCUGCUCAACACCAACGUCGAUGGCAAGCAGAAGAUCAUGUUCGCGCUCACCUCCAUCAAGGGUAUCGGCCGCCGCUACUCCAACAUCGUCUGCAAGAAGGCCGACAUCGACAUGAACAAGCGGGCUGGUGAGCUUACUACUGAAGAGCUUGACCGCCUCAUGGUUGUGGUGUCUAACCCUCGCCAGUUCAAGGUUCCUGAUUGGUUCCUCAACAGGAAGAAGGAUUACAAGGAUGGCAGGUUCUCCCAGGUUGUCUCCAAUGCCCUUGACAUGAAGCUCAGGGAUGACCUUGAGAGGCUGAAGAAGAUCAGGAACCACCGUGGUCUGCGUCACUAUUGGGGCGUCCGUGUCCGUGGCCAGCACACCAAGACCACUGGCAGGCGGGGAAAGACUGUCGGUGUCUCGAAGAAGAGAUAAACUCUACGCCUAUCAGGCUGCUUAUUUUCAGCGUCUGUUGAUGUGAAACCUUGGUGCCCUCGUAGUUGGACAGUUUUGUUUUUGGGGAAUUAUGUCUGCAUGUCUCUAGUGAUAGGUCAUGGUCUGUGUUUGCUCUCUUGCGUGUGUUCUUUGUGGAUUCAGUUCUGUUUUUGUUGGAUGGCAAUUAUAUUAAUUAGAUUUUGUGAUUGGAGAUAAUGUUUUAGGUAUUUGUUUCGAGUAUUGAUGUCU